GUUCUCUUGAGUCCCAGCUUCGCGAGUCACCACGAGGGCCAGCUGAACUCCCCUGAUGUGGGAACGACCUAAAGAACACUUGGGUAGGAAAACGAAGGGGAAAUGUGGGUUUGCCCUUUCCCCUUUGAGCCCUGAAGUACCUUGACUGCUCAUUUGCAUUUGCUCAGAGUGGGGUGGAGGGCAUUCCUGCCGAUUCCCUGGUGUCCUGGGGGUGGGGAAGAGGGCCAGGAUGGAGGCUGGCCCCCAGCAUCCGCAGGAGGAUGGGCAGCGCUGCAGGAAAACACCCGGGGGAGCCUGGGUGGUGCAGCCUCCGAUGCCUGCAAAGCCCAGCUGCCCGGAGAAGCUGACUUUGGACUCUGAAGAGUUCUCUGGAAGUUGGAGGGGCGGGGCGAGCAGCGCUCUCCUGUCCUACCGGAGUCCUGCGCGGGAGUGUGAGGAAGAACUCAGCCUGUAGUCUCGUAGUCCCAGUGCUGUCCAGCUACUGUCCCGCUCCUGAUCAGGGGUGCACACAGGGUGCUUGCCCAAAGGGUCGGCAGGGCGCAGGCGCCGGCUUGGCAGAACGCACCGGCAGGAUGGUGGGGCUGGUUUUGCUUAAGGCGCUGGUCACCAGGCUGCUGUUCGUGCUGCACUCUCUGGUCGCCGUCUGGCGAGUGACCUGGGUGAAGAAAGAGCACCGUUACUGGUUGCUGGCCCUGCUCAACCUCUUGCUAGUCCUGGAGACAGUGCUCACCCUCAAGUUCAAGCGCGGCAGAGGCUACAAAUGGCUUUCUCCAGCCAUCUUUUUAUACCUGAUCAACAUCAUGCCGUCCUUGUGGCUCCUAGAAUUGCACCACGGAAACCAGAAUUGCAGCACCCAGGUACAGAACGUCAGCAAAGGAGGAGAUGCCAAUCAAACCAUGAUGUCCCAGAGACACACCAUCGGAAUGGAAAAUUUCAAAGAGUGGACCUCGGGGUUCAUAGUAAACAUAUCCAUGGUAUGUGAUCCAGUUUGGACCCUAGCACUCCAUCAAACGCUGCUAUUAAUAUUGAUCCUUGGACGGUGGCUUCUACCCAUUGGAGGUACCAUUACUAGAGACCAACUCUCAGAACUUCUUCUGAUGUUUGUGGGGACAGCAGCGGACAUACUGGAAUUCACCACUGAGACUCUGAAGGAAGAUAACGUCAGGACUAACCCUACACUGGUCUGUGGCAUCCUUGCCGUAUGGACAUGGAGUAUGCUACAGUUUCCCCUGGACCUGGCAGUCCAGCUAAAACUGGUUUGCCCCUCUUCUGUGAAAGCCAGGGGCUUCCUCAGGCUCUUCCUGUGCCAGUACAGUGCAGAUCUAUGGGCCAUCGGGCUCAGCUUCUUCAUCCAAGAUGGCCCCUUCCUUGUGGUGCGCCUCGUCCUGAUGAUCUACUUCCAAGUGAUCAACCACAUGCUGGUGUUCUUUGCCGUGAAGAAUUCCCUGGUGAUGGCGCUGCACUUCUAUCGGCUGGUGGCUUUGAUCAUGGCCACCCGUGCCUCCAUGCAAGGUGGUCCAGAAAGGCUCCAAGCACCACCCAGUGGCCCAUACCAGCCCUCUGAGAGCAGUCCCAGUGAGUGGGAGGACACCUCCAGGGAGGCUGUGCCUUUGCAGACCUCACCUGUCACCUCUGAGGAGUCCUACCCCAUACCUUAGGUGCUUGUUCCCAUCAUGUAGCCAGGAACUUAACUCAUUUUCUUCUUAGAGCCUGGUUCUCUUUCUACCCCCACCCACAUCCAAUUUUCACCUACAACAGCUUUUAAGGAAGCAACAUGAACAAAUGAUCUUGGAUUACAGUCAACCUACUCUUUAAUGUUUCAUCUGAAUGGGAGAAACUGACGCGUGCCUACUGUUACAACCUCCUACCAUGGUAGCAGACAUUUACCCAACUCUGAGAAAUACUUGUAAGUGGUUGGUUCUCAUGGAACUGUUUGGAAGGUUGUAGACAGGGCUGUCAUGGCACGCCUUCCAAAGAUUUAGGGCUGACAAUCAUCAACCUUGCCAUCAACCCUCUAGGGUGACGUGGUUAUACAGAGCCUCUAACCGUGGUGGGACCGUCACACUCUCUCAUUGGGUGUUCUCUGUAUUGCCUCUCUGAUACAUACAUAUAUAUCAAUGUAUGUAUCAUAUAUAUAUACAUAUAUUGAAUAUAUAUAUUCAAUGAGUGCAGAACAAAUGGGGGAAAUGUUUUCAAAACCAGCUUGCUGUGAAGUAGAAGCUGGGAACUCAUGCUGUCCAGCUUAUUCAGUGAAAAAAAAAUAUAGCCAUGGUAGCUUCACAGUCCCACCAAGGAAUAUCCUUCUUCUGGAUCAAGGUGGUAUUCUGCCAUGGUACAUAUGUUCUUACAGAAUAGUGGUAACUUCGGGCUUGGGUGCAAGAAGUUGAUAGCAGGCCAUUUAGGUUCGAAUACCAAGUUAGUUCGCUUUUUCUGCAUUGUCAAAGUGCAUCACAUGACCAGGUUCCAGGGAACUCUGGCAGGCAGUGAUGGAGGUGUUUGUGGCCUUUAGUGUUGCCAUGGUUUCCAGUGGCUGCCAACAGCCACUGCAGGAGCAGCACCUGUAGAAGAGUGAGUCACAGCUCCCGAGAAAUAUGGCCCCUGGUUUCAAGAACAAGGUGAUGACGGCAGCGCCAGCCACAUGCACAGGGUCUCCAUUGAUGUUGAACAUCACCACAAGGCACCCCAUCACCUCUGGGGAUCAUGGUGGAUUUGUUUCCCAUGCCUGAAAUAGUCUUGAUCUUUCUUUACACAUCUCUGGACAUUCUGGGUGGAAAAUAUUCCAAACCUUUGAAAGCAGCUCUUGUUGUUAAAUAUGUGGUGAAAACUGGGCAUGGCAAUCUAGCAAACAACUCUAAAACUCUACUAGAGUUCAAAGCAUGAAUCAACCCACACUAGCGUUCCCAGGAACUCUGAGUCAUUUAUUCAGGGGACUUCCUAAAUUGGACGUGACCAUUAGAUGAUCAGUUGGGACAUUUGUUUUUAAGGAUGAAUUUCUAGUAUGGUAUAGUAUUUAUCUACCACGUUUGAUAACAUGUUUUAUAAACAAGUUCUAUUUUGUACACAACCACAACCGUUUGCUAGUAAUAGCUACUUCUUUGAUUUCUUGUGCUUUCCAUUUUAGCAAUGUCAUGGUUGUCAACUGUGCAGGAAAAAAAGUGGAAUGCACUCCUGACUUUUCAUAAUAAUUGUAUGCAAGUUAAGAUUGUAUUUAUAUCAAGUGGAGAAUGCGACAGCUUUGAAGGUAUAUUAUUGAACAUUCUUAGCAAUGAGACUGGAGGCGAUGUCUCAAGGUUAAGAGCAGGUACUGCCCUGGCAGAGGACUGGGGUUCAUCCUAACACCCACACCCCAGGGCCUGCAGUGUCCUCUUCUGGUCUCUGUGGGCACUGACUAUGCUCAUGCACACACACACACACACACACACACACACACACACACACACACAAAAAUAAAUAAAUAAAAAUAUUUUUAAAAUAAAACACCCAGCAAUGGGACACAGAAAGGGAACAAAUAGGCAAUACCUGAAAUUUGUCAAACCGCCUCAGCCUUUUCUCGCUGUGCUGCCUGCUCUGUCUUGACUCCCUUCACCCAUGACAUGUAUGGGCCUCUCCUCACUGCCCAUUUGCCCACAGCAUAUUUUUACGGGAUUUAUCUUUUUCCCCAGAAAAACAAACACUGAGCUUCCAAAAAUAGAACAUAAAGUAGUAUGACUAUUGCAAGGAUAUUUUUAAGUGCUUUCAAAUCUGAGGCUUGGCUUGGUUUCAUGAAAGACUUUCUAGUGUUUAAAUAAAGUAUUUUGUAAUUAGCCCUCCCUCCUCAGGCCUGUCCAAAAUCUGGCUUAACUUAGAAUGCCAGGAAGUCAGAGAGCACCCAGGACCAGCUUUGUAAUUAAUGGAUGGUCAAAAAUAGACACGCAGUCUUCAAGGUUUUUCCAGGAAAAUCUGCUAAAGGCAGCAUUUAACCUAACUGCCAGUGUUUCCGUUUUCUUAUGCUGGCUGCUUUGAUCAUAGCGAAAAUGUCUGUUGCUUAGUCCAGGUUUUAUCUCUGAUAAAAGCUUAAAAAUGUAUUCAGUUAGUUGUGUGUUUGUAAUUAUUACUAUUAUUUUACCCUUUAAAAUGUAUGUUUUUAUCAUAGAUUGGUGCUCAUUGUAAUCUUUUUUAGAUCUCCAAGUGCUUGUCAUAAACUGAUUGAGCAUCAGUCAUCUCCCGUAUGCCGGCAUCUUGAGACGUGUUUACCUUUUAUUUGUAGAGAGAAAGCUUACAUCACGUAGGAAGCAGACUCCACCCUCUGCUCCCAGGCACAGUGCACACUAAGCCCCUGAGGAGGAGGGGGCUUCACUUGCAGUUGCUGGAGCCAUUGCUGAUUGGCUAAAGCGCAGUCAAAUAUCCUUCCUAUAGACAUGUUCUUCCACUUGUGGGAAAGCCCGGGUUCUGUGUUUACAUGACGCUGUGUGUGAACACACCUCAGGAUCCUCUUAGGCCUUCUACAUAGUGACUGAGUCUUAAAUGCCACAACUCUGUGGCAUUUGAUGCUCAAGACAAGCAUACGGCUCUGUGUUUGGUUAUUCUGCCAAGUUCUAUUGCAGCUAUAAAUGACGGCGUUAGAAAUGGGGAGGCUGGAACUGAUCAAUAACAUUGGACGCUUCCAGGGCGAUGUGUAAGUGAAUUCUGCCACUGGCUCUGUUCUCCCGCCACACAGCGCUUCAGCAGCCAUGAAGAUGUAUCCAGAUGACGAUGGCAUUCACUACUCUCAACACCCUUCCUUAUUCGACAGGAGCCUUUUGGAGCCCUGGGAAGGCACGCCUCACAUGCGUGAACCCAUUAGGAGGGCCACAAUUCAGAAUCCAGCGUGGACUCUAAUCAUCUUGGGUAUUUAGCAUCAAGAACUCUUAGCCAGUUUCUCCUGGGGAAAGGGAGAACUGUAGAGAUGAGGCCUGCCGACCUCCAGUCCACUCCGAGAUUCCUUAAAAUAGACGUCACAGCCUCAGAGAUCAAACAGCCUUGGAUUGUGAGAUAAAAAGACACUGUUAGCUCCUUUGCUGUCCUCUAAUUCUAGGUUUUGCUUUUCACUCACGGGAACUUUUGAUCUGUUCUCGGACAUAUCUGAUUAGGGUUAGACCAGGCAGCUGGAGGCUCCACAUAACUUUCAGCACGGCAAGAGCAGCUUGACAGGGACAGAGGAAUGAGUGGCCAUGGCCUUCUACUUUAUCAGUUUUUAUCUUUGAGGUCUUUUUUUUUUUUAAUGAAAUGGCAUAUGAGUGUAUUUUCUUUGAGUAUUUCUACUAUUUUGUUGCAAAUGUCCUUUUUGUUUUAUUAUAGACAUUAAAUGCUUGUGUACAUCUUUC